GUCCCUUUGUAAUUUUUAUUAUAUUUUUACUUCGUAUGAAACUGCUGAUACGUUAGAUCUGUUUUUGUGCUUUAAUCGCCUAAAAUGCAACUUUGAGUACUAAACUGUGGAUGAAUCUUGCUUAAUUAUACACGAUAAAUCAGUGUUUCUGUGGUGCUAGUUUGUAAACGAAUCCUUUGUGAAGUGUCCAUAACAAAAUCGAUUUUUCGUGACAUGAUAUCUACAGACAUUGUGCAAGAAUGAAUCCUAUUCUUAAAUCUAGUCUCCUAAUUUACUUCAUAGGAGCCUGUGAUGCAUCAGGCACCGACAUCGCCCUUGACGCGAAGGCCACUCUUUUACAUCGCAUCGAUAGUUUGAAUCUUCUUAUUUACACUUGCCUGCUGACCCUAACGGUUCUAACUAUAUGGGUAUUCAAACACCGUCGUGUAAGUUGGCUGCAUGAAACCGGUCUUGCAGUAAUUUAUGGGCUUAUCGUUGGAGCCAUCAUUAGAUAUGGAGGCAGCACAAAUGAAGUCACAUACAUUGAUGCUCACCCCGCACCGGACACUAAAUACAACCUGUCAGUUCCACCUGAUAUUGUGCGAUUCCACUUUCCCGACAAAAUCCAAAUAUCAUCUGGAGAAGCACCAAUCCCAAACAAGACAUAUGCUUACAGUUUUAGAGGUGAAAUAGUUAAGGUUGAACAAAAUGAAAUAGACUUAAAAGCAACUUUUGAUCCAGAAAUAUUUUUCAACAUUAUUCUUCCACCCAUUAUAUUCCAUGCAGGGUACUGUUUAAAACGGAAAUAUUUUUUCCGAAACUUGGGUGCGAUUUUAACAUUUGCCAUGGUGGGAACAGCACUAUCAGCUCUUGUAAUUGGUGCCCUCAUGUAUGGGUGUGUGCAGCUGAUGCCUGCAUCCCUAGCGUCUAGCUUCACAUUUCUGGACACCCUGUAUUUUGGUGCUUUGAUAUCCCCAACUGAUCCGUUGACAGUUUUAGCUAUAUUCUCCCAGCUAAAGGUUGACGUAAAUUUAUAUGCAAUGAUAUUUGGAGAGAGUGUUCUUAAUGAUGCUGUGGCUUUGGUUCUCAGUGGAGCCAUACAGAACUACGAGAAGAGAUAUUCAAGCGAUGGCGGUUUUGAAAUAACAGGGUUUUUGGGAGCGAUUGGAGAUUUCAUUGGAAUUUUCAGCCUCUCUCUCCUUGUUGGUGCUCUGAUGGGGUGCUUUACUGCAUUGAUGACCAAGUUUACUCACGUGCGUGACUGGCCGCUGCUGGAGUCCGCGCUAUUCGUGCUGAUGUCCUACGCCGCCUUCCUCAUUGCCGAAGUCUGCGAACUGACAGGGGUGGUAGCGGUGCUGUUCUGCGGUAUAUGCCAAGCGCACUACACCUACAACAACCUGUCAGCGGACUCUCGCAACCGGACCAAGCAGUUGUUCGAGCUGCUCAACUUCUUGGCGGAGAACUUCAUAUUCACAUACAUCGGAGUCUCCAUGUUCACGUUCCCGAAACACCACUUUGACCCGUGGUUCAUCAUAGCUGGAUUUCUGACUUCGACUCUGGGCCGGGCGGUGAAUAUUUAUCCGCUGUCAUUUUUGCUCAAUCUUGGACGAAAACCACCGAUCCCGAUGAAUUUCCAGCACAUGCUGUUUUUCUCUGGUCUGCGCGGCGCUAUGUCUUUCGCGUUGGCCAUCCGCAACACAGUGUCGGAAGCGCGGCAGGCAAUGUUGACUACAACGUCGAUGAUCGUCAUCGCGACUGUUGUGUUGCAGGGCGGCGCCGCAACGCACGCGCUUGCGUACCUGCGUAUACCCACCGGCGAAGGCCAGAAUGACGAGAAUGAAGCUCUGCCAUACCGCGACGUGAGAAGCCUCUACCAGGCCACGGAUACGGGCAGAUCGCCGACUGAUCUAAGCUUCGGCCUCCAAAACAUGGACACAUCACAGACACCAUGUUACGAAAGGGCAACAAAUGGCCGCAUGGUAGUUAAAUGGGGGAAUGGCGAGAACGAAGUGGUUAUGCCUUGGCAACUAAAUUAUAAGGAAGAGACGCCACGCGGUAGCACAGACGGUGGCAGCGAGAAGGCCCGACUCGCUCGUCUUUGGGGCGCGCUAGACAGUCGCCUGCUCAAGCCCCUCCUAACCCACGCCCGACCGCCGCUCACAGAGACUCUGCCGGGCUUCAUGAGACCCGUAGCUCGUCUGCUGACUACGACAAGACAGUAUACGCAAUCGGACAACAGCCUUCGUAGAACUGAUUCAGAUUCCGAUUUAUGUAUUGACGAGCCUCAACCUGUACCGACGAGUAUCGACCCUCAGCUGUCUUAUAAUAUACGGAAUGGCUAUGGCAAUGUCUAAGUUUUAUUAUUUUUAAAAGACCCUUGGCUGUGAUAUAAGGUCGACUUUAAGAGUGUCGUAGCUUGUAAGUAUUUAAUAGAGAUUUUUGAUAAAUUGCACGCAGCAACUCUGGCCCGGCCUCGUGGAUACGAGAAUAUCGGUAGAAGGUAUCACGGGAAGUAACAUCUAAAUAAUGUACGAUAUCCAUGCUCCUUGUGCCACACUUUUGUAAUGUGAUCACCGUCAGAAUAAAUGUAUUUUGCUACUGUGAAUUUGAUGUAAUAUUUACCUUGACAUAGCUUAGUGUAGUUAUUAUAAUCGAUUAGCAAAUUUUUACUCUUCACGAUUCACUACCGAUGGUGCCAUUUCAGUUUCGAACCAUGCAUACGAAAAAAUAGGUUGAUUUUAAAAAGACUUGUUUAUAUUUUUAGGUGUUUUACAUUGUAAAAUAAUUUAAUAAAUUAAAAAUUAUCGAAUUACGGUUAGUGUUAUUUUUUAAAUAUUCAGGGAAGCAAAGUCUAUGAAAUAGCACCAUAGUAUAUAGCGGCAGGCCGCAUUCUAAAUCUAGGUUUGUUCUAGUGUUAAGUUUUAAAUAUAGUAGUAAAAUAUUAAUUAUGGUGACCUAUGGCAUAGCUAAAUACACUGAAAAAGCGUCAUUUUGGCGAAUAAAGCCGGGUCCAGACGAGUGUAACGUGUAAUGUAAGAUUACGUGUAAUUUAGCAUCAACAGUGUGGACGGCACACGAACUC